AUGGAAUCCAAUAUACUGUUUGAAGUGUGUGGCACAAUUAAAAAGAUUGACGAAUGUUUAACCAUCGACAAAUUAUCUACAGGAAAUGAAUGUUCGGAUGAUGUAUUAUACACUGCUUAUUGUCCUACAAAUAAAGAGGAUCAAAAGGGACAAUGUGUGACAAAUGGUGAAAAAAUUAGUGCUGGGUUUAUAUGGUUGUUAACGAUGCUCGAGGCUCUUAAUGAGGAGUGUUCUGAAAAUGAAAAAGACCAUUAUUUUGAAUAUGCUAUUUUAUGGUUAAGUUCUAAAAGUAAUAUAAUUAAGCCUGGUUCGUAUGUUAGUAUAGAUGGUAUUUAUAAUAUUCUUGAAAUAAAUAAUUCCUUUUGGUAUAAUCAAUUUCGUGAUAAAGUAAAUAAAAAAAAAAAAUCAAUGAAUUUUGGUGAUUACCAUAUGUGUAAUCUAUAUAAAUUACUUAAUGAAUUAUGUACUCUAAUUACUAAAUAUAACCAAGAUAGAUCAAACCCAGAAGCAUAUUUAGAAUAUGCUAAUAAAUGUGCUGAAACAUAUAAAAAUCUUGUUACGAAAGCCUCUGCGGUUAAAAAUUGCGAUUCAUAUUGUGAUGUGCUGUCUACUUUAAAAAGUGAAUAUGAUAAAUUUAAAGAAGAAAAUAAAGAUCCAGAAUGUCAACUUCCUGAAUUUGAUGGAAUAGAAAGUUGUAAGGAUUUAUGUAAACAAAAAAAACAAAAAGCAGAGAUUGAUAAUAAUUCAGGAGAUGGACUGGUUGAUGUGAAAGUAGAAAUAGAUGUCGUACCAGAUGAUAAUCAAAGAAAUCAAGAAGAAUCAAGAAGUGGACAAGGUGCUACAAAUAGUGUUCCAGGAGAAAAUGGCGCUCAAAACACACCAGGAAUAACUUUUGAUAUUGGUCGAUCCGUUUUUACGAGCGUAUUAAAUAGCACUUUCAAUUUUGCUGAAACAUAUAAGGAAAAAAUUAUAAAUAUCUCUAAAGGAAUCCCUGAUGUAUAUAAUAAAACAUUAAAUAUUAUAAAAAAUGGUUUCGGUAAAUCUAUUAAUGUUUUUAAUGAAAUUAUUGAGAAUAUAAGUAUCGAUUCUAAAAAAGUAGAAAUAUCUGGUGAUUCAGGCGAUAAAAGACAUGGAUUAGAAGGCACAAGGGAUAAAUCGCCCACAUCUAAUGACUCACCAUCGCCUCAAGAAACUCCAUCUAAAACUUCAUCACCAUCAAGUUCUACGGAACAAACUAAAACAUCAGAAUCGUCUCAGGGCCCAUCUGAAAAAAAAAAUUGUGAUAAAAAAAGUCAAGAACCUCAAGCACCAGUGCCCAAAUCAGUGUUUAAACUAAAAAAUCCAAUAACCGAAGUAACAGGGAAUGGAACAAAAGGAAUAGAUGUUAAUAUACUCAAAAGAUACAAACCAAUUGGAGUUUCAAUUAUAAUGUUUUUAAUACCCAUUACUUUAUUAAUUUUAUACAAGUAUUUUCCAUUUGGAUGGAGAAAGGAAUCGAAGAAAAAAAAAAACACGAAAAAGGUUAUAAAUAUUUUUGGUGCAAAUGAAACGAUAAAAAGAGUUAUAAACACAACUGAUCGAAAAAAACAAGUGCAAAUAAUUAUAAAUUCAUCUACUCAAAAAAAACAGGAUAAAAAGGUUACAAAUUCAUAUACUCAAAAAAAACAGGGCAAAAAGGUUACAAAUUCAUCUACUCAAAAAAAACAGGACAAAAAGUUUACAAAUUCAUCUACUCAAAAAAAACAGGACAAAAAGUUUACAAAUUCAUCUACUCAAAAAAAACAAACUAAACAGUUCAUUAAUUCCAUUUAUUGGGAAAAACAUCCAUUAUUAAAUAUACAUAAACUUAUGAAGACCGAUUCUGCACCAUUUAUUAUUUUAUUUAUGUUGUUUAUUUUUUAUGUUUAUAAAAGAAAAGGCUAUUCUUUAGAAUAA